AUGGCAAAUCGUUCGACAGACGGUUUCCAUUCGCUUCACCUGUCCAGUCUCGUCUCAUUACGUCAAGUCUCGUCUCAUUACGUCAACUCUCGUUUGUGUUUCUUUCUUUCUAACGUCUUUUUCUUUGGUGUCACUCAUUCAAUGUCAAUUCGUCUUUUCACUUUUUCUUGUUUAAUUGUUCCGCUUUUUUUUUUAAUCAACCAUAUUUUUAUUUAUUUAAUGCCAAUUCGAAGGUCGUCGACUUCUGUACUUCCUCAAUUUUUUUUUUUACCUAUGUCUCAUUUUAACCGUUUUUUUUUAUUAUCUAAUUCUUUCAUUUGUGAUAAUUUUUCUUCCGUAAUAUCUUUCUUAUCAUUUGCUCAAUACUAUCUAUCUAUCUAUCUAUCUAUCUAUCUAUCUUAUUGCAAUGCCCUUUUGCUGAAGCCAGAUGAAAUUAGGGCCAGAUUGCGCCAGCAUUUGCAGUGA